AUGAAGUCACUGGAAUAUCCAAUGACGCUAUUGACACUGGAGGCCGCAACAUGGGUGGAUAUUAUGAGCCCGGUUCUACAGGUCUGCCUGCCGAAAGCCGGCAUCUGCAGAAGUUUUCCGCGUGAUAUGGUGUUGGCUCCAUUGAAGUUCCAAGGCCUGGGUAUCCCACAUCCGUUCGGCUCACAGGUUUCCAAGCAUAUCGAGACUCUCCUCCGUCAUUCGAACAACAAGACAAAAACCGGUGCUUACCUGGAAGCCGCUUUGCAAGAACACCAGCUCAAAACGGGCACUUCGUUCGGGAUCUUUCAGCAGGAUUUUGGCAACACGGCCGUCUUGGCUUCCGAUACAUGGAUAAAGCGAGUCUGGAAAGAACUGGAGACCAUGGACAUCUAUGUGGCCUUUGAUUCUCCGGCCUUACCACUAUGA